UUGUAAUAAAUUACAGUACAGUAAAUAUAAUAUUUCAGGAUGGAGAGUUAUUAUAUGUGCUUGACGGUUUUUUUGGCUUUCUGCUGCUUUAUUAAGAUAAGAGCUCAAAUUCCCAUUGUUAAGCCAAAAACUGAGACUAUAUAUGAACCAAUAGUUACGCAGAAUAGAUCUAAUAUUGAACCGGGAGAGGACAAUAUAAUAUUACCCUCUACGUAUUCGAAAUUUAACCAAGAGCUCUUGAAACAAAUUAUGUAUAAAUCGCAUAUUGCAACGAUAAUACUUAAGGAACAGACCGCAAAGGUGAGAAAAUUUAAAGAAAUUUUUGACACCAUGACCAAAGAGGAGAUGGACCUCAGAAUACAGCAAAUAUAUAAGAGGCAACAAAUUAAGCAAGCAUAUCUUAACUUAGCCAGGAUCCAAGUAAAGAUUGAGAACAGCAGGCUGUUACUUGGACGAUGCCAAAAAUUUAAGGAUCGGGAUGAGAUGGUUCGCAAAAUGGCCGAAAGGGAAGCCAAAAAAUUAUCCGAAGAUGUAGCAAAACCCGAUUCUAUGAAGUUUUACCUUGCUAAAUAUUCCAAGAUUCUUAGUGAACUUGAUCAAAGAGUUGACAAAGAAAACUUUGAAAAUUCGUUUCUUGAAAUGGACAUUGUAAAAAAUAACUCGUCGUCAUCGGAAAACGUACAUCCACCAAAUGAUAUAAAUUUAUGAAUUAACCAUCAAUAUGAUAUUAAUGUUUGUUUUAUUUAUUUAUAAUCUUUAAUUGUAACAUAAAGAAAACUUUCUAUUAUUCACUUUCAGGAAGUCAUUUUUUAUACAAAAUAAAAGUCAAGCAGAACCAAUCAGAUUGCUUACAUAAUCCCCGAGCAGUCUAUAAAAGCAAAAUAUUUAUAAUCAAACUUCUUUAAGAAGAUCAGACCCAUCAAGAUGAGAUUUCCAGUGAAUUGUGCUAUAUUUCUACUUUUCGUAGUGAACGUGCAGAGUGAGGGAUUAAAUCAUCAGGCUAAGUCUUCAAACUCAGGUCCAGUCGUUUCCAAUCGUCUGCCUCAACCAGCCAAAAGCGAUUCUCCCGCAAACGAUACUGUGGAAACGGAUAAGGAUAUUUUACAGAAAAUAUUCCCAGUCUCACAAGAUGUUAAAGAAGCAAAAGAAAGGGUGCUAGUUGACGUGGCCAAAGGGCGAUACUACCGAAAAUUAGCUCACGGUUUGUCUGAUUCCGUGACCAAGAUGAAUAUUGCCAUAGUCAAUGAAAAGAAGGAAAUUCAUUUAUUAGAUCUAGAAGAGUUGCAGAUAAAACAAAAAAUGUUAAAAGCUGUGUCUGAGUACCGAAGCUUGUUGGAUGAAGUUCAGAGGUGUAAUGGUCGUGGGGAUGAUCUCUCCUCAAAGGAGCUGUCUCAACUGGCCGAUAUCGAGGCCAAAAGAGUGCUGAAGGAUGAAUUGGAGCCCCUUAUUUGGUAUUCAAACCGAAACAGAUACAGAAUAUUAUUGAAAGAUCUGCGUAAAAAAUUAAAGUAUGAAAAAUUCACUGUUGACAUCAAGUUAGCCGCAAAUAUGAGGGACAAAAACGGAAGUCAAUGGUAAUAGGUCUUGGGGCUAUUACUUUUAAGAGUCUUUACUUAGCAAUAAACUAAAAGACAUUCCAA